GCCUUCAUCUGAACAACCGCGGACGCUUCUCCUCGACGCAUCCGCUUCGCCGCCGACCACUACUGCAACUCCCGGCCUGUCGUUUAAGCCAUCGGAACGCAUAUUGCCCUUGCUGCCGCUUCUGGUCUUUGUCCUGCCUCCGUCUGCUGCCCGGACUCGUCUGAUCCUGUCGCUGCGAUACCCCCCCCCGGAGCCCUGCUCGCCACCGCUUCGACCCCGGCCCAUCCCAUCGCCAUCGAUAUCAACCCCCUUCCGUCUCUGGGACUCUUCAGGACCCUUUGCUUAUCUUUUCGAAAGAACUAUCAUCAUCGAGCCUUGGCGAUUGUCCCCGUAUUGGCCAACAGCCUCCCUGAACGCACCCUCUUCAACCCCUCAGCCAUCCACAUCCGCCGAUUCGCAUCAUGAGUCCCUUCUACCCAUCGUCGGAUCCAUCGUCCUCAAAGCUUGCCCUCUCAGUCAUAUCGCUGAUGUCUCGGGCCCUCGCCAACCCGUCCUCCCAGUCCCUACGCAGUGCCGCCCUCAAUGCAGCUCAGCUCUACGAGGACCUCAACUUUGGCCCACCACACCAUCUCCGCUUCGCCAGCCCGCCCGUCACCCGCUCCAGCCAUCCCGGCCCGUCGUCCAGAGCCGGGCGGCCCUCGCCCGCAGCUAAUCUGCCCGUUGAGCUGCUCGAUCUUAUCUUUUACCAUGUACUCAACUCUCCAGUGCCACCGGCUCCGCCACUUCCUCCACCUCCGCCGACCGAGGAUGACCGACGAAAGCGGUUCACGUCUUCUUCCUUCUGGUCAGGAGGCUCAACCGCACCAUCAUCCUCCCUCCCGCACGACUCCGUCCCAAACAUCGACCCUAUCCCCAGUACUGACCCUGCGGAUGCGGCUGGCUCGAUGGACUCGGCUUAUGCCACUUGGAGUUCCCUGCCAUUUGCGGGAGUGCUCCCACCACCUCCGACAACAGCAGCUAUGCCCGAUUCGUUCUCCAUGAACUUUUUGGGCUCGUUCCAGGAGCAUCCCGCAAUGGACAUCCUUUCCGACGACGACAGCUUCUUUGCUUUGUCCUCGAAUACCAUGCAUAUCGGCUGUCUUGAUUCGCGUCCAUCCCCAAGCUCUCUUAAAAACCAGCGCGUGCUCGUCAACUGUGCCCUCGUCAACAGAUAUUGGAGAUAUGUCGCCGAGGCGCACCUCUGGAGAGACCCUAUGGUUGCCACAAUCACGCAACUGCGCCGCCUGCUCCUCGGAAGUGUCAUCCAAAAUUCCAUCACCUCCCCAUCGCUCCCGACCAGCUUCAAACUCAACCAGUCUGUUCGCCGUCUGAACCUCGACAAAGUCGCUCUGAACUUCAAUCACCUGCGGCUCCUCGAGCGAUGUCUGGCCGAGUUCCCGCGCCUCUCAGAGCUUCGGAUCAACCUGAACGAGUUCACCUUCUGGGGCCUGGAGCGGCUAUUCUCGAUCGAGUCCCAGGUUGAGACGCUGUAUAUCCACGGCAGCUUUGCAUACGAUCGCCACAGUCGUAUCAGCAGGUCCUUUGCCGCUCAGCGACAACCCCCAUCCAGAUCUGGUUCGGCCUCCAACUCAGCUUCCAGCACAGGCUCCAGCACAGGCUCCAGCACAGGCUCCAGCACUGGUUCCAGCGACACACUCAAAAACCUCGUCAACCUUAGCAUCGUGUACAACGAGACCCUGUCGCGGUUACCCCACCGCUCAGUCUUUCUGGAACAGCUCUCGCGUCUGAUAUCCAGCGCCGCGGGCCCGAAACUCAAGCGCCUGCAUCUCGAGCGGUCUGGCCGCAAAUCGCCAUCCAUCUCCCUCCUCGGAAGUCCCCUUCCCGCGGCCCCCAGCUCGGAGUACAUCCAUGCUCUUACCAGCCGCUGUGCCCACCUGCGCGUUCUGUCCUUGAUUGACGUGGGCCUGGAUGAUGCAGGACUGCGGGCUCUGACCUCGUCCUGUCCGCAGCUCGACUCCAUUUUGCUCGACUACAAGCGCGCUACAAAGGACGGCUUCCGGGAUCACGUCGCAGCCCUCACCGGCCUUCAAAACAUCGACCUGUCGUUGGUGCCCAUGAUCUGGAAAGAGUAUGCCGUCAAGUGCCUCACCAAGUACGGCUCGUCCUCCCUGACGGGCAUCUUCGUCGACCUCCCUUCCAACUUCAAGGAUCCAAAGGCAUCGGAAGCCGUGCGGGCGGCAAUCAUCGAGCUCCUUCGGGCCAAGAGCGGCCAUCUCAAGGCAUUCGCGGCCAUGUGUGAUGUCCGUGCUCUCAACCGCCGCUAUCGCGCGUUUCUGCGGGACACGACGCCCAUGCUGGAAGGCACCAACUUGUCUGUUAUGGCCCGCGAUGAAGUGUGCCACGUUCGCAACUGGAUCGUCGAUGUUGUCCGUACCUUGGCUCAAGUCGGAACGCUCUCCAAUCUGGAGUACCUCGGUCUGACUCUGAUCGGGGUUGAUGGGUCCAUGUUUGGCCAACGUGAAGCAGCUGGAUGGAGGUUCAACCCAAACAACCCCGCGUUCAUGCGCGACAACUGGAACCCUCCCUCACUGACGUCGUCCUUCGAGGUCAUUGGGGAUCCAUCGAGCGAGAUUUCAAUGUGGCUCGAUCCCUUGAUGCUCAUGCACACUGAUCCAUCUCUGAUGCCGUCUCAGGUCCAUCUCCCAACCCCAGCCCAGCCCGGCCCUCAUUCUCAACCGCACUAUCUACCGCAUUCCCUGCACGCUCAAGGACACCAUCCCCUGUGGCACGGCCAGCAUCCCCUGUCGCACGGCCAACAUCAACCACCUCAAGCUCCCAGCCAGAGCCAAGGCCAGGACCAUACCCACAGUCAGAGCCAUACCCAGAGUCAACCGCAGAACCAGCCCACGCAUCCUUCCAGCGCCUUCCACCCUCCUGUGGCUGUCGAUAGCGCAGCAGCGGCAUCCAGCCUGCUAUCCCAGCUCCUCACAGAAGGCUUGAUAUACCACCCACUCCCAGGCGCACCGGACACUCCAAAUCCCACCACUCAUCCCAUAGCCCUUCUGCCGCUGCCGUCGUCUCCCGUCGCCCCAUCGCAACAAACGUCGUCGCCCUCGUCGCUUGGCUCGCCCUCCCUCCCGCUCGCUGCAACACCCACAACAAUCCCGUUCCCCCCAAUCGGGAUUCCCUUUGCGCCACUCUCAGUGGAAGAUGAGCCCAUCCAUCCGUACUGGUUCCAUGUUGGCGAGGCUCCGUCUGCUGAGAGCCUUCACAUGCAUCCUAUCAGCCCCAUGGCACCGACAUUCUUGGACAUCCACAGGCCCCACUACCGUCGAACGAGCACGCGCCAGGAGGAAGAUGCCAUCGAUGAAGUCCAUGCCCUCGCCAACGCCGAGCUCGAGGUGUUGCUCCAAAAAUGCCCCCGUAUCAAAGCCGUUUGGGGCUUUGGAGGGUCCCGUCAAUCCAAGCCCGCGCCUGGUCCAGGUCCUGCCGGCGGAAGCAAUAACAAGGGAAAGCGCAAAUGGGGCGACGGCGCAAGUAGUGAACCGCCUCGGCCGGCUGCCACGAACUCGCCAAGGUCCACGAAGGCUCUUCGGUUCUCCAAGGAAGUCUGGGCUGUCGUCACUCAGUUCCAGAUCUACUAAGGCCGCCGCCGCCCCUCCUCCAUUUGAAACAGGACACACCAUUUUGCUUUCAGUUGCCACUGGUUUUGGUUUUGGUUUUGGAUGGGAAUACAGUUUGCUCAACAUCU